AUGGACUCCAUUCCACGUACUCACGAAGAUAUCGAGGCUCAGAUCCGGGAAAUUCAGUCCAAGAAAAAAGAAAUCCAAACUGCGGUGACUGAAAAAGAACAAGUCGGAUUGGGAAAAACGGGAUUUUAUGAUCAAGAUAUCUACGAUGGAACCAACAACAAAUUUGAAGGCUACGUUACAUCUAUUGCAACUAAUGAUGAAGCCGACGAUGAUGAUUAUGAGCCCAGCACAUUCAGCUCUAACAAAAGGGCUGGAUACAAUCCACCAGCUGCUUUGCUUAAUGAUAUUGCUCAGAGCGACAGAGAUUAUGAUCCAUUCGCCGAUCGCAAAGUACCAAAAAUAGCAGAUCGUGAAGAUGAAUAUCGUCAGAAACGUCGCCACAUGAUCAUUUCACCAGAUCGAGUUGAUCCUUUUGCUGAUGGUGGUAAAACUCCAGAUGCUGGUUCACGUACUUACACCGAGAUUAUGAAAGAGCAGAUGGUCAGAGGCGGUGAAACCCCUGGCGCGACCCCAGGCGUCAGCACCAGAAUGUGGGACUCAACCCCCAGCCACGCCACUCCCGGAGCAGUAACUCCCGGCCGCGAGACUCCUUCACACGACAAAGUGCUCUCCAGUCGCCGAAAUCGUUGGGACGAGACCCCCAAAACCGAACGCGAGACCCCGGGCCACAACAGCGGCUGGGCCGAGACUCCCCGAACAGACCGCGUAGCGGGCGAUCUAAUCCAAGAAACCCCAACCCCCUCCGCCUCCAAGCGUCGUAGCCGUUGGGACGAAACGCCCUCUAACCAAACCCCGGGCUCAAUGACCCCCCAGACCCCAGCGACACCCUUAACAACCCCGCACCAAACCUCCAUAAUGACCCCAAGCGCAGUGACCCCCACCGGGCCCAAAGCAAUGGGCCUCGCCACCCCCACACCGGGCCACCUAAUGUCCCUAACCCCAGAACAACUCCAAGCUUACCGCUGGGAGCGUGAAAUCGACGAAAGAAACCGCCCCUUAUCCGACGACGAGCUAGACUCGCUUUUCCCUCCAGGGUACAAAAUUCUCCAGCCUCCAGCAGGUUAUGUUCCCAUCCGAACCCCCGCUAGGAAGUUAACAGCUACUCCUACGCCAAUGGCGGGAACUCCCCAAGGUUUCUUUAUCCAAACGGAAGACAAGAGCGCUAAAUACGUUGACAACCAACCAAAAGGCAACCUUCCUUUUAUGAAGCCCGAAGACGCUCAGUACUUCGACAAGCUUCUGGUUGACGUUGAUGAAGAGUCUCUAAGCCCUGAGGAGCAAAAAGAGAGAAAAAUAAUGAAGCUUUUGCUUAAAAUAAAAAAUGGAACUCCUCCGAUGAGGAAAGCAGCGCUGAGACAAAUUACCGACAAAGCCCGAGAAUUCGGAGCUGGUCCUUUGUUCAACCAAAUUCUGCCCCUAUUAAUGUCCCCUACUCUAGAAGACCAAGAGCGCCAUCUCUUAGUCAAGGUUAUAGACCGCAUACUUUACAAAUUAGACGACCUAGUGCGUCCUUAUGUCCACAAAAUCUUGGUAGUGAUAGAACCGCUGCUAAUUGACGAAGACUACUACGCUAGAGUUGAAGGUAGAGAGAUCAUUUCUAACCUCGCUAAAGCCGCAGGCUUAGCUACCAUGAUCUCCACCAUGAGGCCAGAUAUUGAUAACAUUGAUGAGUAUGUAAGAAACACAACGGCUAGAGCCUUUGCAGUAGUAGCUUCAGCCCUGGGAAUCCCCUCACUACUCCCAUUUUUAAAAGCCGUAUGCCGGAGCAAGAAAUCCUGGCAGGCUAGGCACACUGGUAUAAAAAUCGUACAGCAGAUAGCUAUCUUAAUGGGGUGUGCAAUUCUCCCUCACUUGAAGAGUUUGGUGGAGAUUAUAGAGCAUGGGUUGGUUGAUGAGCAGCAGAAGGUAAGGACGAUUACUGCCUUAGCGAUCGCAGCGCUAGCCGAAGCUGCUACGCCUUACGGUAUUGAAAGCUUUGAUUCGGUGCUAAAACCCUUGUGGAAAGGUAUUAGAACCCAUAGAGGAAAGGGUUUGGCUGCUUUUUUGAAAGCCAUUGGGUACUUGAUUCCCUUAAUGGACGCCGAGUACGCUAAUUACUAUACUAGGGAAGUAAUGUUGAUUCUAAUUAGAGAGUUCCAGUCCCCUGAUGAGGAAAUGAAAAAGAUUGUGCUUAAGGUUGUUAAGCAGUGUUGUGGAACGGACGGAGUUGAAGCUCAGUAUAUAAAAGAUGAAAUUUUGCCCCACUUUUUUAAGCACUUCUGGAACCAUCGCAUGGCGCUGGACAGAAGGAAUUACCGACAGUUGGUAGACACUACUGUAGAGAUUGCGAAUAAAGUCGGCGCUUCUGAGAUAAUUAAUAGAGUUGUGGACGAUCUUAAAGAUGAGAAUGAGCAGUAUCGGAAAAUGGUUAUGGAGACUAUAGAGAAAAUUAUGGGGAACUUGGGAGCUGCUGAUGUGGACUCGAGGUUAGAGGAACAGUUGAUAGAUGGCAUUCUGUACGCGUUCCAGGAACAGACUACAGAGGACGUUGUUAUGCUCAACGGCUUUGGAACUAUUGUUAAUACCCUAGGAAAGCGUGUUAAGCCCUACCUUCCUCAGAUUUGCGGAACUAUUUUGUGGAGGUUGAAUAACAAGUCCGCUAAAGUGAGACAGCAGGCCGCUGAUUUGAUAUCUAGGAUCGCGGUAGUGAUGAAAACCUGUCAGGAGGAAAAGCUUAUGGGUCACUUGGGUGUAGUCUUGUAUGAAUAUUUGGGUGAAGAGUACCCAGAGGUUCUGGGUAGCAUUUUAGGAGCGCUUAAGGCUAUAGUUAAUGUCAUUGGAAUGACAAAGAUGACGCCACCGAUCAAAGACUUGUUGCCUAGAUUGACGCCCAUUUUGAAGAACCGGCAUGAAAAGGUUCAGGAGAACUGUAUUGAUUUAGUGGGAAGGAUAGCUGACCGCGGGCCGGAGUAUGUUUCUGCUAGAGAAUGGAUGCGAAUUUGUUUCGAGCUUCUAGAACUGUUAAAAGCACACAAAAAAGCGAUCCGCCGGGCGACUGUUAACACUUUUGGGUACAUUGCUAAGGCAAUUGGUCCGCAUGAUGUUUUAGCGACUCUAUUGAACAAUUUGAAGGUCCAGGAGCGACAGAACAGAGUUUGCACCACUGUUGCUAUUGCAAUUGUCGCGGAAACUUGCAGCCCGUUCACGGUCCUUCCGGCGCUGAUGAACGAGUACCGGGUUCCGGAACUAAACGUCCAAAAUGGAGUGCUUAAGUCGCUCUCGUUCUUGUUCGAGUACAUUGGGGAGAUGGGCAAGGAUUACAUCUACGCGGUAAGUCCGCUGUUGGAAGAUGCGCUUAUGGACCGAGAUUUAGUUCAUAGACAGACCGCUUGCGCUGCUAUCAAACACAUGGCGCUUGGAGUUUAUGGCUUUGGAUGUGAAGAUGCGCUGAUUCAUUUGUUGAACCACGUUUGGCCGAAUGUCUUUGAAACUUCGCCGCAUUUGGUUCAGGCUUUCAUGGAUGCUGUGGAUGGACUCAGGGUCGCGCUGGGACCUAUCAAGAUUCUUCAGUACACUCUUCAGGGACUGUUUCAUCCGGCUAGGAAGGUUAGGGAUGUCUAUUGGAAGAUUUAUAACUCGCUUUAUAUUGGCGGGCAAGACGCACUUGUGGCGGGGUAUCCCAGGAUUAUGAAUGAUCCUAAGAAUCAAUAUAUUCGAUAUGAGCUUGAUUAUGUCUUGUAA